CCGAGCAAAAUGGCCACCCUGGGCCUCUCGAAGGUGUUCAUCCUGGACAAGUACUUUACGGAGCUGCAGAAGUUCUGGGAAACGGAAAAGAAGCUGCAAGAUGCUUCUUCGUCGAACGAAGCCGUCCACCUGCAGCAGCGUCUGAAGAGCCUCAGCUCCGAGCUGGUGACGCUCCGGAAUCGACUGCACACCAACGGUGGCCAACCGACGGGCGCUGGCAACGGUCCGAACGGAGGUGUCCCCGGUGGCGUCGGAGCGGCCGGUGUCGUGUCCCCGACCGCAACGGCCACACAGAAUGGAACCCAGCAUAGCACUCCGGCCUCGGCGGCCGUCAACCUCGCCAAUCACGGCCCGGGCCUGCUGGCAUCGAACCAGGUCAGCUCGGCGAACGGCAUCAACGUACUGCCCCAUCUUGCCAACGGAUGCGCCAACAGCAACUCCACCGCCACCAACAACGCUAAGAACCACAUGCUGGUGACAGGCGGCGCCAGUGGCCAAUGUUUGCCGUCGAAUCCUUCGGCCGCCUCCAAUCUGCACGGAUCGUCGCAGCAUAAUGGCAACGUUUUGCCCGUCGUUUCGCCACGCAACACCUCCAUCCCGUACCCGCUGCCACAUCACAACUCCACCAACGGCACCAUGCUGAUCGGAGAUACGAUACAGUGUGGCGGGACGCUUCCAAGGCGUACGGCGGCGAUGGGUUUCGGGAGUGGCUCGGCCGGGGCCCAGUACCCGGUGGGUCACGGUGGGCCGAUCGUAUCGUCGACCGGCCCCAACGGGGCACCGGGGGUCGGCGGAGGAACCCUGCCCGGUGCUGGGCCCGGCGCACGAACGGACGGCGGAGGCACCGCCGCCACCGAGAUGGACGAUCUGAUCCAUCUGCCGGGUCCGCUGACCGAGGACGCCGUCAUGCGAACGCUGCACAACCGCUUCAACGAUGGGAAAUAUUUCACCAACGUGGGACCGAUCCUGCUGUCGGUCAAUCCGUAUCACGAUGUCGGUAAUCCGCUGACCCUGUCCUCAACCCGCUCGGUACCGCUGGCACAACAGCUACGCAAGAUUGUCCAAGAGGCCGUACGGCAGCAGGCGGAAACGGGCUACCCGCAGGCGAUCAUACUAUCCGGCACAUCCGGUUCGGGCAAGACACACUGCUCGAUGCUGCUACUACGGCAGCUGUUUGCCGUGGCCGGCGGUGGACCGGAAACCGACGCGUUCAAGCAUCUGGCCGCGGCCUUCACCGUGCUCCGAUCGCUCGGAUCCGCCAAGACGGCCACCAACUCGGAGUCGAGUCGUAUCGGCCAGUUUAUCGAGGUGCAGGUGACGGACGGGGCGCUGUACCGCACCAAGAUCCACUGCUACUUCCUCGACCAGACGCGCGUCAUUCGGCCACUGCCGAACGAGAAAAACUAUCACAUCUUCUACCAAAUGCUGGCCGGGCUGAACGCGGACGAGUGCGCCCGCCUCAACCUGGAGGGCUACUCGCCGGCCAAUCUGCGGUACCUGCAGCACGGCGACAUCCGGCAGGACGAGCAGGAGGACGCGGCCCGCUUCCAGGCGUGGAAGGCUUGCCUCGGCAUUCUGGGCAUCCCGUUUCUGGACGUGGUGCGCGUCCUGGCGGCCGUGCUGCUGCUCGGGAACGUGCAGUUUGUCGACGGACAGGGUCUCGAAGUCGAGGUGGUCGGUGAAACGGAGCUCAACGCGGUGGCCAAUCUGCUGGGUGUUCCGCCCGCCCAGCUGUUCCGAGGACUCACGACACGCACGCACAAUGCCCGCGGCCAGCUGAUCAAAUCCGUGUGCGACGCGAACAUGUCCAACAUGACGCGCGAUUGCCUCGCCAAGGCACUCUACUGCCGAACGGUGGCCACGAUCGUCCGACGAGCCAACAGUCUGAAACGGCUCGGAUCGACUCUCGGUACGCUCAGCUCCGACAGCAACGAGUCGGUGCACAACCAAGCGGAAGUAGCCAGCCAGCCAUCGGCCAUCGGCGGAAACGCUGGCUCGAAAUCAAUGGCCGCUCUCAACAAUGCUGUUCGACACGCGACCGACGGAUUCAUUGGCAUUUUGGAUAUGUUCGGAUUCGAAGAACCACGUCCGGCGCAGCUCGAGCACCUCUGCAUCAACCUGUGCGCCGAAACGAUGCAACACUUCUACAACACGCACAUCUUCAAGAGCUCGGUGGAAUCGUGCCGCGAAGAGGGCAUCAUCUGCGACACGGAGGUGGACUACGUCGACAAUGUGCCGUGCAUCGACCUGAUCUCGUCGCUGCGCACCGGUCUGCUCAGCAUGCUCGACGCCGAGUGUUCCGUGCGCGGAACGGCCGAAAGCUACGUGGCCAAGAUCAAGGUUCAGCACCGCAACUCGGCUCGCCUCGAGCAGCGCGCGCUGGAACCGUACGAUCCCCGACUCUUCGCCAUCCGCCAUUUUGCUGGCCGCGUCGAGUACGACACGACGGACUUCCUCGACACGAACCGUGACGUCGUACCGGACGAUCUGGUUUCGGUGUUUUACAAGCACACGUGCAACUUUGGUUUUGCCACGCACCUCUUCGGCACGGAACUGAAAGCUCUGUACGCACAGGAGAACGGCCCCCGGGGGCUUAGCUUCCGCAUCGCACCCACCUCCCACACGGAUCUGCUGAAUGGGGACGAACCCGUUUCGACGCUCACCCAGGACUUCCACACGCGGCUCGAUAAUCUGCUGCGGACACUGGUCCACGCUCGGCCCCACUUUGUGCGCUGCAUUCGCAGCAACACCUCGGAGAAGGGCGGCAUGUUCGAUCGGGGCGCCGUGGUACGGCAGAUCCGUGCCCUGCAGGUCCUCGAAACGGUCAACCUGAUGGCCAGCGGCUUCCCGCACCGGAUGCGCUUCAAACAGUUCACGGCCCGGUACCGAAUGUUGGCCCCGUUCCGACUGCUGCGCCGUUGCGAGGAGAAGGCCCUCGAAGACUGCAAGGUGAUACUGGACUUUGCGCUCGAAAAUCCACCCGAGCUCGAUGGAUCGGUCACGCUUUCGUGGGCACCCGGCAAGCGGCACAUUUUCCUGAGCGAAGGCAUCCGUCAGCACCUGGAGCGGCUACGCACGGAGGUCCGCACGAAGAGCGCCACGCUGAUACAGGCCACGUGGCGCGGCUGGAAUCUACGCAAGCGGCUCGGGACGAUCCGCCGAACGCACGACAUUCAGUUGAUGGGUGGGGGACACCUUUCGGUCAACAAAACUUCCGGUACGGACAGGACGUGGAUCCUGAAAACAUUAGUAGCCCGGCCGGAGAUGAGAUGCUCACCUGAUGACCCUUUUUUCGUUCUCCCUCCGUUAGGCACGCGGACGAGCAAUGUGACGCACGGUAACGCAACGAACACCGGGACGGCCACCCGCCCGAGACCGCAACCGAUCGCCGGAACACCGCCGCCGGAUCCGAACGAAAAGUGUGACUCGAAGAUCAUCGCCCAAACCUGUACCCUGUUCGGGUUGGACUUGGAGCGACCUCCACCGGUGCCCCCGUCCCGCUCGUACACCGUGACCGGCAACUCGAAGCUUGGCUAUCCGCAGACGCGCCUCAUGAAGAUGAACUUCCCGGAAGAUCCCGCCGCCGUCGGGCUUGGGGAACAGCUGCGCAAAGGCGAAGCGGUCACGGUGACCGGGGCUUCGCAUCGCCGCGGUCACCUCAUCGUCGAGCACAACGGCAUCAGCCUGCACGUCCCGUUCCAGUACAUGGAGCUCGUCAAAACGGUGGUACCGGGAACGACACCGGCCGCCCCACCAUCGUCCGGGGGCGUCGCAGCACCACCACCACCCACGGCCACUGCCGUCAACAUUUGA